AUGUUGAAGUUGGUAAGGUUACGAACUAUAUUAUGUGCAAUAAUUGUUACUGAAUUACUGCACGUGUAUGUCAGUCAUCGCUAUAAAAACAAUUUGCGAUACUUCGAACAAAGUAACAAAGAGAGUUUUUACCUGGAGGUGACAGUGCUCACAUACAAUAGUCCAGGCUCGCUGUCGCGCCUGUUACAAUCACUGGAGAACGCGGAGUACGAUUACGACAGCAUCACGUUGCACAUCUGCAUCGAUGGAGCAAAGGUUGGUGACGAGCUAUCCGGACAUCGACAGACCGUGCGGGUGGCCGAGCAAUUCCAGUUCACGCAUGGCAAGAAAGUGUUGACAGUGCGCCAGCGUAACGUCGGCGUGACCGCGCAAUGGUUAGACUGCUGGAACCCAGACGACUCUCCCGGCAACUACGGACUGAUACUAGAAGACGAUCUACGUCUCUCACCGUAUUACUAUCGGUGGCUGAAAGCCGCAAUUAUCGCCUACAGCGGUCAUCGUGAGGUUGGAGGCGUUACGCUGUCCAGGGAAACAUUAGUAGCUGGACAAAUUAGAAGCCUGACGCACCGCGACCCUAUCUGUACGGUUUGUGAGGAUCAGACGGCUUUUCUCUAUCGCUUUUCUUCGACCAGCGGCUACGCUCCAAUACCGAGUAUGUGGAGGAAAUUCAGACAUUGGAUGCUGACAACGAUAAAUAUAACUGCAGACACUGAUCAGUUCCUUCCGUAUAUAUUUAGCCAGAACGUUAUCAUGAAUUCCUGGAUUACUAAAGAUUUUCUGCAAAAUGCCAUGAGUAUCGAAUACUACCAGUAUUAUUUCAUGGCUACCCACAAUCUGUUCACAUUGUACGCUAACCUGCCCGCCGGCAAUACGCUCGCGUGCGUGCGCCGGGCAGACGGAGAAACGGGCAAGACAGGAAUAAGAAACAACGGAAGAUGUGAUUUUGAGCCCUUGGCUGCAUGGGAUGAAGCGUACGGCCAAUUCUCUGCAAAUUCUAUACGCCUGGACUGGGACGGCUCUCCCGUUGAAUAA